AUGGCCGAACCUGAGGUCCUCUCCCCGACGCUCGAGGAGAAGCGGUCCGUCUCGGAGAGCUCUGUCGAGAAGCGCGAGGCUGAAGCGGAGCUCACCGACGAUGCGCGUAUGGCGAAAGAGGUUGAGGAGUUCGAGGAGCGGCUCCAGAACGACGAGGCGGCGAACGAGGAGUACCUCGUCCAGGAGGCCUAUGAGGUCGCGAUCAAAGUAUUGUCUACCCGCGACGACCCGGAGCUCAACGCGCUCACAUUCCGGACGUUCUUCCUCGGCCUAGGUUUCUCCGCCUUUGGAGCUGUCCUCGCGCAGAUAUACUACUUCAAGCCGCAGACGCUCUCCGUGUCAACGCUCUUCCUCCUCGUCCUCUCCUACUGGUUUGGCACGGGCAUGCACGCUCUCCUCCCGUCCAACGGCAUCUGGCGCUGGAUCAACCCUGGCCCUUUCAACAUCAAGGAGCAUGUGGCCAUCAUCAUCAUGUCGUCAAGUGCCUCUGUGUCCGCCACCGCGAUUCAGGUCAUCUCGGUCCAAGACUUGUACUACAACAACACGCUCAACCCGGGGCUCGCGAUCUUCACGCUCAUCGGCUCGCAGCUCCUGGGCUACGGGUACGCCGGGCUCCUGCAGGAGCUGCUCGUCCGUCCGACGAAGUGCUUCUGGCCUAGCACGAUCUCGACGGCGAACCUCUUCCAAGCGCUGCACUUCGACAACCAGAUGACGUCAAAGCGCGUCCGGCUGUUCUGGACCAUCUUCACCGUCAUGUUCUUCUGGGAAAUCAUUCCUCAGUGGAUCUUCCCCGUGCUCACCGGCCUCUCGAUCUUCUGCCUCGCGAACAACACCAGCCCGGUCUUCCGCAACAUCUUUGGAGGCGCGAGCAACAACGAGGGCAUGGGCCUCCUCGCAUGGUGCUUCGACUGGAACCUGAUCGGCAGCGGGUGCCUGUUCAACCCGCUCUGGCUGCAGAUCAACCAGGACAUCGGCAUCUUCUUUACCUACAUCCUCAUGGCCGGCGUGUACUACGGCAACCUCUGGCGCGCGAAGGACUUCCCGUUCAUGUCGCAGGCCAUCUUCGCCGCAGACGGCUCUCAGUACAACCAGACUGCCCUUCUCACCAAUGGCAAGUUUGACCCGGUGAAGUACGAGCAGCUCGGCCCCGCGUUCUUUUCCGCGACGAAUGCCCUCGGUCUGAUGACCGCCAACCUGUCUCUCGGCGCAACGUUCACGCACGUCUUCUUCUGGCACUGGCAAGACCUUCUGCCGUUCCUCAAAUCCUUCAACCCGUGGAGCAAGACCGAGUUCAUCGUGCACGACGCCCACUUCGAGAAGAUGAAGGUCUACAAACAGCUCCCGCGUUGGUGGUACUUCAUCCUCCUCGCCGCCGCGUACGCGAUCGCGCAGGCGACCAACUACGGCGCGCACUCGGGCCUCCCGUGGUGGGCGCUCACCAUCAUCCUCCUCAUCUCUCUCACGCUCUCGAUGCUCUUCGCGACCCUCGCGGCGACGAUCGGCUUCUUCCAGUUCAACACGAGCGCGAACGGCUUUUACCAGAUGAUCACCUCCUACCUCGUCCCCGGGGACCCGAUCGCGAACCUGUACGGCGCGCUAUACGGGCAGCACCCGCAGGACCAGUGCAUCCUCAUGCUUGGCGAUCUGAAGCUCGGCCAGUACACGAAGCUCGCGCCCCGCAUCACGUUCGCGAUGCAGAUCAUGGGCACCAUCGUCGGUGCGGUCCUCAACUACAUCAUGAUGCUCACGAUCAUCAACGCCAACCGCGCCGCGCUCCUCUCCAUCUCCGGCACGCGCCUCUGGUCCGGGCAGAACGCCCAAGGGUUCAACACGAACGGGAUUUCCUGGGGCGGCCUCGGCCCGGAGAUGUUCGGGAUCCACGGGGUGUACCACAUGGUGCCGCUCUGCCUCGCGAUCGGCGUCUUCUGCCCGCUGCCGCUCAUUGCGGCGUGGUACAUCUGGCCGAAGGCCGGGUUCGAGAACUUCUCGACCCCGAUCAUCCUCCAGUACUCCACCUUCCUCUCCGUCGGGAUCAACACGAGCGUGAACCCGAUGAUGGCGAUCGGCAUCUUCUCGCAGUGGUGGGUGCGCACGCGCUACCCGCGCUGGUUCACGAAGUACAACUACAUCGUCGCCGCGGCGCUCGACGGCGGCACGCAGGUGAUCUCGUUCAUGCUCAACUUCGCCGUCUUCGGCGCGAGCGGCACCCCGCACCUCUUCCCGCAGUGGUGGGGCAACGACUUCAACCUCUCCGCCGACCGCUGCGUGCUCCCGGACCAGUCCUAG